AUUUCCGCCAUCAGUCUUCGUGUACGUCAUUUGCCGACCGCGUGGUUGUUUUCGACCUGUUUGGUCUAAUUUCGCAGUUUUUCGACCGGAAAGUGAUCUAGAAGUGGUCCAAGAUGGGUCGUAUGCACGCGCCUGGAAAGGGUAUCUCCAAAUCGGCCCUGCCGUACCGCAGAGGAGUGCCCACCUGGUUGAAAUUGACCUCGGACGAGGUGAAGGAGCACAUCAAAAAGCUCGGCAAGAAGGGCCUGACACCUUCCCAGAUUGGUGUCAUUCUUAGGGACAUGCACGGUGUGGCCCAGGUGCGCUUCAUCACCGGCAACAAAAUCAUGAGGAUCAUGAAAGCCAUGAGCCUUGCCCCACAGCUGCCCGAGGAUUUGUAUUACCUUAUCAAGAAGGCUGUUGCUAUCCGCAAGCAUUUGGAGAGGAACAGAAAGGACAAGGAUUCCAAGUUCAGGCUCAUCUUGGUCGAGUCGCGCAUUCACCGACUGGCCCGUUAUUACAAGACCAAGAGCAUGGUUCCCCCCAACUGGAAAUACGAGUCCAGCACAGCUUCGGCCCUCGUCUCAUAAAUCCACUUACAAUUAAACUUUCUAUAUUGAUUCCUUUGACAACAAGCUCUGCAAAUUUUGGCUCUUUGCUUAGAAAUCCUCAUUUUGUAUAUUCUUUGUGGCGCAAGUUGUUGGGGGAAUUGGGGACGUUUUGUUUGGAUGAAAGUGACAAAUAAAAUUUUCCUCGAAAAAUAAAAUGCUUUUAAUUUACAAA